AGCGACUCACGCUCCCUGCGCGCCGCCUCCUGCUCCGUCUCCCAGACAGAGGUUGUUCCAGAGCUCGGUGGAGGCCCCCGGGGCCCCGGGGCCCCGUCUGGACGUCACUCACAGCCCCUCAGCAGAGGAGCUGCUGGCCCACAAGGUCCUGCAGAGCUUGGAGGAAGAACAGGCUGAGAGCAAGAGGAGCUUGGAGCAGCUGAGGCGCUGGCUGGACGGCGACCCGUUGGACCAUCUGUCCACUCCGCUCUUCAUGCCGUCCUCCACCCUGCUGUCCUCACCAACCACCAUGAAGGUUGCUCCUUCAGGCCGGACCCAAGACGCUGCUGCAGCCACGCAGAGGCCUGAGCUGGAUCAGCGUGUGGACGGGCCUUCCUGGUCCAAAGCGCCUCCGGUACCGCUGGCUCGGAGGAUGCAGGACCUGGAGCGUCAGAUCCUGGCGAGCAGAGAGGAGGAGCUGGCCUGCAGGCUGAAGCUGAGCGGGCUGCUGAGCAUCGUGGACGACUGAAGAGGUUCUAGAUGGACCGCUUGCUUCUGGGCUCCAUCAUGGCUUUAGUUUUUAUCAUCAGCUGAAAUAAAAUCAGCAUUUUUAGGAAUAUGGGCUUAAAUGUUUUGUUUGGGUUUGUUCCUUUUUAGAGUCGUUACAGUCGGGUUUGUUUCUUUUAUUGGACUCAGAUGUUAAAUUAAUGUGUUGAAGUCCUUUUAUUUUCCAUUGGGCUCAGAUAUUAAAGAGAGAUUUUCAUGUUAAA